GUCGGGAGUACGUUCCAAAAUCUUACCUCGGUAACCGAAAACUAUAGUACACGUGACGCAAAAUAUAGCGUUUUAGUAACCAAGGUGAGAUUUUGGAACGUAUCCCAGAAUGGCAACUUUGAAACUUGUUCAAAACCAAAAUGGCCGCCUCUGUUGCAGUAUUUUGAACAUUCGUGGAGAUCGGGGUUUGUCUCGUUUUUCAAGUGUUUUGUGAGACAAAACGAGAAGAGAUAAUGGCAAGUUAUAUUUCUUGUUCGUGCAAUCGCGUUCCGCAUUGCGUCGACUGGGGCAACAACAAUCUCGUUUGCUUCGGCACGUGCAACGCGAUUGCCAUAUACAAUCUGAAAUAUUGGCCGCACAUUGGCCGCGUCACGCACAUGUUGCACCGACAUCGGGAUCGCGUCAACUCGGUCCAAUGGAUCAAAUCGAGAAGCGGCGCCCCGGAAUUGGAAUUACUGUCCGGUUCUGUGGACGGAACCGUGAUCAUUUGGGAAGAAUUAAGCAACGUAUCAAUCGAGCACCGGUACCAAAUGACGUCGGAGUUAGAAAUAGGGAACGUCGUCACUUUCAUCGACUCUCUUCAAAUUGAUUCCAAUGACGUUUCUUCCAAUAAAGUUUCCUCCGGUAACGUUUCUGGGCCGGAAUUGUUGAUAUGCGCGGGCUCGGUUAAAGGCGAGGUAGGACUGUGGCAAAGAAAUAAAACCGGAAAGAUCGAAAGCGUUCAGAGCAUUAGUUUUGGAAAAAAAUUGGGGAUACACUGUCGUCUGACAUACCUGCCGAACAACAAAGAUUCUCUUCUCUUGGCUGUAGCAUUGGAGGAUGCUUCUGUUGUCUUGCACGUUAAAGACUCCACCGCGUUGGAGUCAACGUUUGUGAAAGUCUUGAGUUUAUCCCGACACACGGACUGGGUAAUAUGUAUGGAUUUUUGUCACAACAAUGACGGAGAGUGUUUCCUCGCGACAGGCUCGCAGGAUAGCACGAUACGAUUAUGGAAGAUCAGUGAAACCGUAGCGGAAUCUUCAAGCGACGAACUUCGACCAGAGCAAGAUAUGUUCAUAGUAAACAACAAAGAAUACAAUGUCAGUCUGGAAUCUGUUCUGAACAGUCACGAGCACUGGAUUUACGGACUACACUGGCAGCUUACAAAAGCAACAAACAAUAACAAUUGUCAGAAAAUGAGAUUAUUGUCCGCUUCAUUUGACAAGUCUAUGAUCAUAUGGGAGCUGAAUGAUACUACCGGGAUUUGGACCGAGACAGCACGUGUCGGGGAAGUUGGAGGUAAUUCCUUGGGUUUUUACGGAUGCAAGUUCAGUCCAGAUGGAUUACACAUGUUGGCAUAUGGUUAUCGAGGCUCUUUUCACAUCUGGAAAUAUUCGGAAGAAACGUCAACUUGGAUUCCACAUUCUGCACCAGGCGGUCACUUUUCUGAAGUGGUCGACUUGUGUUGGGAUCCGAAAGGAAGAUUUCUCCUAACAGCCAGUAAAGAUCAAACCACAAGGAUUCAUGCACCGUUGAAAAAUGAUAUACGUUGUGAGUUAUGGCACGAGAUUGCACGUCCUCAGAUACAUGGAUACGAUAUGUCGUGCUUAGUCAUGUUAGCACCGUACAUGUACGUUUCCGGAGCGGAAGAGAAAGUGGUGCGCGUUUUCAAGGCCACAUUAGCAUUCAAAAAUCGUUUAGGAUUAUUGACAGAUGUCGAGGAUUUCAAGGACAAUUGUGUAGCAGCUCACGGUGCCACUGUACCUUCUCUAGGAUUAACUAAUAAAGCAACGUUCGACGAAACAUUCGAUCAGUGCGAAAAUAAGGAUGAGUCACCUACGACUCAUGGCAUGUAUCAACCACCCACCGAAGAAGAACUGAUGCAAGAUGCAACGCUCUGGCCGGAGUUGCAGAAGCUUUACGGACACGGUUACGAAAUAUUCUGCAUGGCGGUAAAACAUGACGGAAAGUUACUGGCCACAGCGUGCAAAUCAACCAGUCAGGAACAUGCGGCGAUUAUACUAUGGAGCACAGACACGUGGUCCCAAGUUGACAAGUUGAUUGCUCAUCACUUGACUGUGACGCAAAUGGAGUUUUCUCCGAAUGACAAAUAUUUACUGGCCGUUUCUCGGGACAGAACAUGGUCGCUAUUCAAAAAUGAGGGCGAAAGUUAUUCGUUAGUUACGAUAAACUGUACUCUGCACGCGCGUAUAAUCUGGUGCUGCGGUUGGACGCAGGAUUCCAAAUAUUUUGCGACCGGAUCCAGAGAUGCGAAACUCGCCAUGUGGUCUGCAGAAAAAGCGGAAGAUAAAACCGAUGCUAUUAAACCAGAAAUAAUUCUGGAUACGUUCCAUUCGGUUACAGCGCUGUGCUUUGCCCCAAAUCUCAGCGCAAAAUUUUACAUUCUAGCUAUCGGAUACGAAGUAGGUCAUAUAGAAAUCCACCUAAUCGAAAAGGAAGAUGAUAAUUGGAAGACACUGAUUAUACCAGAAAUCAAGGCUCAUCAUUUGGCUGUGAAGAGACUUAAAUUUCGACCUACUCAUUAUACGUCAUACUACGACAAAUUGGAACUGGCAAGCUGCAGCUCCGAUCAUUCUGUUCAGAUAUAUAAUAUACAUCUACCAUCGUUACUAUCGUUCAUGUGAUCUAUCAUUGUGCUCUAUUAUUACGUUCUAUCAUAUGAUCUAUCUAUGAUCAAUUAUUGUUACUAGACAUGAGUUUCAAAACACAAAAAUU